AUGCAGGUAGAAUUAUCCGUGCUGGAGCUGCUGCGGAGCAAGGCUAUCAGAGUUCUGCCAGUGGGGGCUGACGGGACCCUGGUUCCUUGCUGGCAACCAGCGGCAGCACUGGCAGCUGAACAAGCAGCAACUAGCGAGGCGCAGGAGAGGCUGCUUUUGCUGCCUCUGUUGCGCAGAGUCCCGGGCGCCUCCCUGGAAUAUCCCAUCCCUCGAAGACAGCCAGGGGAACCGCCAGUGUAUCUUUCAGUGCAAUUGGACUCAUGCGCGGAUACGACAGCAACUGAUCUGUGGGGCCCUGCUUGUGGCUUGCUGCUGUGCUAUUUACUGCAGCAUCAGGAGGCUCUUCAGCUGCAGCAGCGGCAGGUGCUAGAGCUCGGCUGCGGCUUGGGGGCGCCUAGCAGCCUCUGCUGCCUGCUGGGAGCACCAUGGGUCCUUCCAACUGACUGCGAUUCUGCUGCUUUGUCUCUGACGAGGUGUAACUUGUCGCUGUCAGCUGCACUGCACUCAUUCAUAUUCCCUAUUCCGGCCAGUGCAAGUGCUUCUGGCGGAGCAGCAGAGGCGUUGGCGGCAGCUGCUGUGCGACUGUUGGAACGGAUACGCAGUAAGAAGCAGCAACAGCAGCAACAGAAUCAGGAGCAGCAUGAAGGCGUGUUUUCUGUGUCAGACAUUCUAUGCGAGCUAGGAGAUUCCCCUCGAGCCACCGCAGGUCCCCUCAAAUGGAGUGAAGACGCCUCGGAGGUGCGGCAGCAACUGCUCCAGUUGCAACAGCAGCGACAGCACCGACAGGACCGGACUGCAGAGAUUCGGCCCUGUGUUAACUUGGUGGUGGCAUCGGAUGUGCUCUAUUCAGACAAGGCCGCAGCGGCCCUUGCGUGCACUAUACACACUGUUGCAGGAGUUGCUGCUGAAUGUAGGUGGUCCCAUUGCCAUGGGAAGGUCCCUGCUCAUAGGGAGGCUGGCGACCGCAGGGUCUCACAUAGUGGAAAGAGUGCAGUGGGAAGUGUUCCUGGUUUCCUUUGUUUGAUUAGUCAUCAGGUACGGCAUGCGGUGUAUGCACACCAGGGUCAGUUAGCUCGCGAAGGAGCUGACUCUGCUUUGCAGAGUUUCAUUAGCAAUUUCGAAACUUUGCAGACAGACGCAAAAGGGCUUGCCGCUACAUAUGCGCGCAAACCUCUAAGAAAGGAGCAACCCGGCAGUGAACAAGCAGCAGCAGCAGCAAACGCACCAGCAGAGGCAGAAAAAAGCGACUCCCCUGUGCAACUGUACGUGCGCAUUAUCGAGGAACACGAACAGGAACUUCCACGAGGCGCUUGGGAGCCCCCUGAGGGGAACUUCAAGGACCGCGGUGGCGUUGAAAUGACACAAAAAGGAGACAGCUGUUUGCCUGAGGGCAGCGUAUGUCUGCUGGCCAUCGCAUCAGACCCUGAGCAACUCCUGCAGCUACCCCCAGCUGCUGGCUCUGCUACAAAGAGUUUAUGCUCAAUAACGAAGCUGCAACGAACUAGCUAG